GCAGAGAGAGCGAAAUCACCCCCCCAAACCAACCCGUUCCCCUCAUGCACAUUGGUGACAUGACAUUUAGUAGGCCUGCAAAGUGAAACACAACUAUCCAAGAAUCUACAUUAUUACAUUAUAUUCUGAUCUUGGUGAUAGAUGAGAUGAAAGACCACGGAAUGUUCUGCUGCAGGGACGUCGCAGGGGGUAUGGACAGACCUCCCUAUAAGAGGCUUAGUCCCCCUCUACAUGAAUCCCUAGUGACGUACCUGGUAGGCUGUCUGAAUGAUAAAGCCAUCUCCAACAUCGUGUUAGAGAAUUUGGCAUUACAUCCAACCGGCCUCGCAACCGCAGACCACAUGUAACCACACCAUCCAAGGACCUCCACAUCCGGCUUCUUCACCUGCGAGAUCGUCUGAGACCAGCCACCCGGACAGCUGAUGAAACUGAGGAGGUUAUCUAUCUGUAAUAAAACCUCCUUGUGGGGAAAAACUCAUCCUGAUUGGCUGAGCCUGGCUCCCCAGUGAGUGGGCCUAUGCCCUCCUAGGCCCACCCAUAGCUGCGCCCAAGGCCGGUCCUUGACAUUCUGCCACCAUAAGCUCAAAACUAGAAUGGUCACAGUAAGCAAAAUGACUUUGAAAAGACGUCUAAAAGACAUAUUUUCCAAAUGUUGAAGUUAGGUUAAAUUAAUUUUCUGAAUGAAAGGUGAAAAGCUAUUUUCCAUUUGUUUAAAAUACGUACUUUCCAUGAUGUUGGAAAAAAUUAUUUUCUGGACAUUCAAAUCAGGUUCAUUUUCGGUUCUGACUGAAAGUUAAAAAAUAAGUAAUUUACAUAAGUCUAUGUUUGGGCCAAAUCAAGGCUGGUCCAGACCGGACAGAAUCUGAACCAAACAUAAACAUCUAUGAUUGGCUCAGAUUUGGUCCGGACCAAAAACCAAUGUUUGUGGAUUUUGGAAAUCAAGGCCGGUCUAAAAUGCGUAGGCAUCAGUCCGUGCUUACUGAGAUGUAGCUUUUAGCGUUGCCUGACAUUUGAUUCUAUGAAUGCUCUUUCUAAGUGGUAAAUCUACCGUUUGUAAAACAACAAAAAAACGAUGUCUGGAGAGGACCAAAAAAAGAGGUCGGCUAGUGUUUCCUGGGGUGUAGCAUACCAUGUCGCACGCAGUGGAAUUUUAUGAAUGCCCAUCCAUGUGGUAGGCCAUUGCAACUGUAACGGAUGUGAAAUGGCUAGCUAGUUAGCGGGUACGCGCUAAUAGCGUUUCAAUCAGUUACGUCACUUGCUCUGAAACCUAGAAGUAGUGUUUCCCCUUGCUCUGCAAGGGCCGCGGCUUUGGCGAGCGGACGGUCUAAAGUUAUACUGUUACACAUCGGCUAUAUUAGUCCUGAUUCUGUGACUAAUGAAUUUAUUUAAACUCUGAAUAUCAGCUACCCAACUUUAUCAGGAGUUGAGCCUAUUUGCAAUGUGUCUACUCAGCGGGAAAUGCAGAAGUAUUUAAUUUUUCCGCUCUGAUCAGCUUGUCAAAAAAUGGAGGUAAUUCAAACUUGAAACCACUGAUCAUGACAAUGGGGUGAAACUCCUGGACAACAGUUGUGAUUGUCCAUUCCAUAUUGUCCAUUUUACUUGGACCUGUUCUGUUUUUAGGAUAUGUUCUUUGUUAAACAAGUCAUGUUUUAUUUGAUCGAGUGCCAUUUAAGUUAAGCUAUUUGAUCUGACAAACUUGCAUGAUGUAAAAUGUGUCCAUCUCAUUACAUUAUCAUACAUUUUAUCUCCAGCUUUUAGGCUACAGAAAAUAACCAAACCCCUUCUACCAUAUCCUAUAGUUACAUGAUUUAUGUUAGAUCAUUUUUUGGAGGAACUGUUUGUGGAGCGCUGCAGAGAUGCAUCUCUCCAACAGCACCCCAGAGAGGCGAGUUGGGAAAAGACAAGCUAAAUAUUUUGCGCCCCUGCCUUUGACAAAGUGGACACUGCUUAUCAAAGGGCGGCACCAGCGCUCACCUAAAAAGCCCAUAUGCCACUGCCUGAGAGAAAUUGUCAUUGUUUUUGGGGCAGAAUUAUGUGAGUUUUUAUGAGUUGUUGUUCGUGGUGCGUCUUGGUCAGUUUAGCUCAGAAAACACCGCCGUCUUCAACCCUGCUUAAAAUACGCCCCUCUGCCCAGUCAUGUGAAAUCCAUAAAGGACCACAUUUAUUUAUUUUAAUUGAUGAUUUCCUUAUAUGAUCUGUAACUCAGUUAAAUUAUUGAAAUUGUUGCAUGUUGCGUUUAUAUCUUUGUUCAGUAUAUGUUUUACUUAGGUACUUUACACCGUUGAUAUCGAUCAUAUAUCUACCAACCAUUGAAGAACGAUACAUUAAAAUCAAUCAUUCUGUGAUUGAUGUUGAAGACAGUCUUCGAACGGUGAAAACAUUUCUGGGCAAUGAAGUUUUUUGGACAUAUUUGUUAUUUAGUUAAAGCUUCACUAGCGUUUUUGUUCGUUGCCAAUCCCAUAUAAUCGGUCUUUGAGGAUCCAACGUUUUAAAGAGUCCUGAAAAUAAUAAUAUCCCCUAUAAAUUGAACGUGAAUUUGGACUGAACGUCAAGUUAAAACGAACUCCGUCGACUAGAAUCUCAGACCUAACCAAUCAACUAAGGAAACUGUUGUGAUGGGAUGACCAAUGAAAAUCGCGAUAUUUCAAUAACCGGAAGUAUUCAGCGCAACACGUUUAAAAUGUAAUGAGCGGUCAGCUGACGUUCAAUUUGAUCUGAUUCUACAUAACAGCAAAAUCAUAACGCUAACAUGGAUAUGUUACAGUAUUUAUAAACGAAACAAAUACAGUGAUGGAAAAGGUAGAGACAGACGAGGAGAUCUUAGCCAAGCAACAUCGCAAGGAGAAGAAGGAUCUGUAAGGUUGAUAAUUAAAUCUAAAAUCCAGAGCUUGAAAAAUGCUGUCCCCAAAAAUGACAAGAAGAGGUGUAAACAGCUGACUGAGAAUAUUACCAAGCUGGGGGCUGAGCUGAAUCAGAAACGAGGAACAACUAGACUCAUCAUGAGGAGGAGGAGCGGACGAAAAGGCUCGUGUGGUGGAGGAGUUCUUCAUGGAGAGCCCCUAAGGAUUUCCCGUAUCUGUCAGCUGUGGUAAUAAACUUUGAUGAGACUCCAGGAGAAGAAGAGAGAAUCCAAAGUUUAGUGUCUGAGAGCUCUGACACAGGUCCUUCAACUGCCAAUAGAAGUGCUCCAAGCUGAUUCUCCAAGCCAUAAUCAUUGGAGAGGAAUUUAACAAGUCUCCCAUUAUGCUAGUACCAUGUCACCUCCAAACUUCCCCAGCUUCGUCUACCAAUGAAUUUGAUUGGUUACAAUUCUCCAACCCCAUUCCUCAGCCGUAUAGAUAAACAAGAGACGAGGGCUGCCAUUUUGUUGAAUAACAAAUGAUGCCAAAUUAUGAAUUGGGCCUUUUUUAAUUGUUAAUAUUAUUUUUCAGUUAUAUGCGUCAUGCGUAUGGACAGAGAGAACAUUACAACUCAGUGGAACGUACGAAGGAACUCAAGAAGAAAGCUGAGACGCAUUGAGUUAAAUUAUAACGAAUGAUAAAGUCAGGCAUGGGUGGAAGUUGAAAAAAUGUUGGGAAAAAACCAAUGUAAAACAUAUGAAUUCACAAAUGACAAAAUUAUUUUACUCCCGGAGAUCCCCUGCAUACACACAGACUUGCCAUCCAAGGAAUUCGAUGGGAGGAGAGAAAGGCAGAGUCACUGAAAAUAUUACCACCUACCUACCUAUGUGGGGACUGAGAGAAUAGUUAACAUCACAGCGAGAAUAGUUACCAUCACAGUGAGAAUAGUUACCAUCACAGAGAAAAUAGUUACCAUCACAGAGAGAAUAGUUACCAUCACAGAGAGAAUAGUUACCAUCACAGCGAGAACAGUUACCAUCACAGAGAGAACAGUUACCAUCACAGAGAGAAUAGUUACCAUCACAGAGAGAAUAGUUACCAUCACAGAGAGAAUAGUUACCAUCACAGAGAGAAUAGUUACCAUCACAGCGAGAAUAGUUACCAUCACAGAGAGAAUAGUUACCAUCACAGAGAGAAUAGUUACCAUCACAGAGAGAAUAGUUACCAUCACAGCGAGAAUAGUUACCAUGACAGCGAGAAUAGUUACCAUGACAGCGAGAAUAGUUACCAUCACAGAGAGAAUAGUUACCAUCACUGAGAGAAUAGUUACCAUCACAUAGAGAAUAGUUACCAUCACAGAGAGCUGAGGAAGAAUUGGAAGUAACUUUGUACAUCCUUCAUCAGUGCUUGUUAAUACCUCUGAAAUCACAAUGGAAAUGUUACCUAUUAAAUAUAUAUUUUGGUGGUGAUGUACUGUUAUUUCUAAUGACCGCAAUAUAUCAAAGGCUGAUGGUCUUUUUUUGUGUGUAUUGUAAUGAAACAGGCAGGGAGCAGGUCUCGAACCCUCGACCUUCUAGCCCGAAGUCCAGCUCGCUAUCGGCUGUGCCCCAAAAACGGCAGAGUCGGUCUCCAUGCUUAUAAACCCAGGGUCGUUACACUCGCUGAUGGACAAUAUUGUUUCAUACAAUAAAAUGUUUUUCAAUUCCAGUUUCAUUUCCCGCUGGAAAGACAUUCAUGCCAAAAACAUUACAGCAUAUUAUCCUGUUGAUUGUUGAAUGUCCAAUGUCCAUUUGAUUUAAAUUCAACGUGUGAUGAGGUUAGGGAUAUGCUUUUAUAGUAGCUAGAAUGAUUCUGAAGUUGAAACGAUACAUUUGUUUGAAACGCAAUGGCCAGAAGGAAAUAGUUCCUCUCUCUCCUGAAGUUAAAACAGAUUUCCAGGAGAGACCGACAGAGUUCACUAAAGUGUCGCAAAUGGGAUUUCCGUCAGUUGACGAGCAUCUCGUUUCUAUGGGAACCUGCCUACCUUGUAGGACGUUGUGUUUUUAUCCUGGCUAACAAAUCAUGGCUAACAAUCUGGUUAUCAGAGCUUUGAAAGCUAACUCAAAGUCCUUCAAUUUGAGCUCGAAGAAAAUGACCGACGUUCCCACAUCGGUUGCGAGAUUAACAAAUAUUUCGACCCUUCAUUUGAACAAUAACUACCUUACGACUCUGCCUGCGGAACUGCAGACGUUACACAACUUGACAGAACUCAAUUUGGGAAAUAAUUCUCUGGAGGAGAUCCCAUCUGUUCUGAGGUACCUGAACUCGUUGAAAAAACUUUAUUUGUUUGGAAACCACAUUACAAGAUUGCCACCUGAGGUGUUGGAAGGACUUGAUAACCUCACUCUCCUCAAUCUGAACCACAAUCACAUCACAGUCCUUCCUCCAGAGAUUAAAAGUCUUUCUAACCUAGAAACCCUCAGUUUACUGCACAACCAAUUGGAGGAACUUCCUGUAGAAAUAGGGUUUCUCAAGAAGUUGGUCGAUAUGAAUUUAACCAACAACAAGCUGCCCAGACUGCCCAAACAGAUAUACAGUCUGUCACAUCUGGCCAGAUUAUAUCUGGCAAGAAACAACCUCACACAGCUGCCAGAGGGUAUUAUUAUGCUGAUGAAGCUCAGAGUGCUGGAUGUGGCUGGAAACCGUUUAUCCAUGUUUCCUGUCGAUUUCCAGUUACUGACCCUGGAUGAGCUGCUCUGUGAAGGAAACACGUUUGUGAAGAGCAAGCUGACGGAAUCUGUUCAAGCUGUGGAGGUGCUGUCAUUGAAGGAGCUGUCUGCUCGUCUGAUCCUGGUGGAGGACAAGGGUAGGUUUGGUAUGGUCCACAAGGCUCUGUCGUCCCACCCUGGUCUGAGCCUGCUGCUGGCUGACUGGGGCAGGUGUUCCCUCUGCCUCCAACCCUUCCUCACCACCUGGCUGGAGUGUGUCCGCUUCAUCAACCUCAGGAAGGACAUGAAGAUGAGGAGUUCUCAGACCAUCCCUGUACGCGUUCUCCUCUGUUCCUACAAGUGCUUCAAUAAGAGCGGACAUUCAUACUAUGCUGUUGCAUCUCUAUGAAGAGGUACUUCUAUUAAAACACGUCUUUUAUAUAAUUAUAUGUAAGUAGUUCCUGUUCUUUCAAUCCUAUAUGUAUUAUCUGAAUGUCCACCAGAUGGCAGCAGAGGACCAUAGUAAAGAGGCCAGACUCCUGACACAAUACCAUAAAGCCAAAACAAUGAGCUAGGCUGGCCAGAGAGCUAGGUUGGCCAGAGAGCUAGGUUGGCCAGAGAGCUAGGUUGGCCAGAGAGCUAGGUUGGCCAGAGAGCUAGGUUGGCCAGAGAGCUAGGUCAGUUAUAAUCAUGUUAUUACCAGGAUGGUCUAUUGAUCUGUCUUAUCAGUUAUAAUCAUGUUAUUACCAGGAUGGUCUAUUGAUCUGUCUUAUCAGUUAUAAUCAUGUUAUUACCAGGACGGUCUAUUGAUCUGUCUUAUCAGUUAUAAUCAGGUUAUUACCAGGAUGGUCCAUUGAUCUGUCUUAUCAGUUAUAAUCAUGUUAUUACCAGGAUGGUCUAUUGCUCUGUCUUAUCAGUUAUAAUCAUGUUAUUACCAGGAUGGUCUAUUGCUCUGUCUUAUCAGUUAUAAUCAUGUUAUUACCAGGAUGGUCUAUUGAUCUGUCUUAUCAGUUAUAAUCAUGUUAUUACCAGGAUGGUCUAUUGAUCUGUCUUUUCAGUUAUAAUCAUGUUAUUACCAUAUUUUAAAUACAGAUUUGAGAAAUGUACUUCUAGGCUAUUGCAUUAAUAAUUCGGUUAAAAUAUGUUCCUCAAUAAAAUAUCUAAAUAUAUUUUAAUACUUUA